AUGGAGAAAGUAAAAGUUGGAUAUCUUCUCAUCAUCAGCAAUAUCAGCAGAUCAGAUGAGGCAGUAUACUUCUGUGGAAUAGGAUCAAUGUAUGAGAUGAAGUUUAGAAAUGGAACAUUUUUGGCUGUAAAAGGUGUCAGUCAGAAAAGGUCACACUACCAGACUGUAGAGCAACAGCCAGUGUCUGACCCAGUCCAUCCAGAAGACUCUGUGACUCUACAGUGUACAGUACUCUCUGAGACCUGUACAGGAGAACACAGUGUGUACUGGUUCAGAGCCGGAUCAGGAGAAUCCAAUCCAGGAGUAAUUUACACCCCUGGGAAAAGGAGUGAUGAGUGUAAGAAGAGCCCUGAGACUCCCUCUCCUACACAGAGCUGUGUCUACAGCCUCUCCAAGAACAACCCCAGUCUCUCUGAUGCUGGGACUUACUACUGUGCUGUGGUCACAUGCGGGGAGAUCCUGUUUGGCAAUGGAACUAACCUAAAUAUUGGAAGAUCUCUGGAUCAUGUUGUCAUUGGACUGGGAGUGACAUCAGUUUUCUGUGUGAUUGUAAUCAUUAUCCUCAUCUUCACCAGAAAUACAAAGACAUUUUGUGAACAUUAUCAAGUGAGUGUUGCACAGCAUAUUGGACAUGACAACACAACCACCGAAUGUGAUCAGGAUCAAGAUGGAGUUACGUUGAAUUAUGCUGCAUUGCAUUUCUCUGAGAGGAAAACUAAAAGGGGAAGAAAGAAGAGAGAGACACCACAGGAGAGUGUGUACUCUGAUGGCAGGUGUUCAGACUGGGACUGAACAUUGUUUAUGUGCAGAGGAAUGGAUGUAGUUUGGUCAAGAAACUCUUGUUAAUAUGUUUAUAAUGUAUUCAGACAGUCAUGACAUUUGAUACACUAUAAUGUAUCAUAGAAUAAGCUUGUUCUUCUAGGAGUGUUCUCUAUCAGAGCACCACUGUUAUGGAAUGGCUUGUCCUGUGAGGUAAAGGGCCAGAAAAUCUACCUUUUUUGCUUUGCCUUUAAUCUUAGUCUUUGAUUGUAUUGUUAUUUUAGACUUCCUUGGUGAUUCUAUAUUCUUCUCUUGUAUCAUAUCUCUUGUAUGUCAGCCUUUUGUUUAGACAUACUGUUUAACCAUGAGCCAACUCAGUGGCCUUGUGUUUAUUGUCUACCGUGAGAUUAGAAGGUUGAGGGUUUGAUCCCUGGUCAAGUCACACCAAUUACUCUAAAAAUGGGAAUGAAUGCCUCUCUGCUUGGCACUCAGUAUAAAGGAGAUGGAUUGGGUUAAGUAUCCUGUCCAGGAGGUAUACUUGUACAUCAAGCUGCAUUCCAUUAUUGAAUAUUGAACCUAUGAGCAGUUCUGGCUCGGAUGACGAUUUCUUACUUAAUUACUUUUCUACAGCAAAGUUUGUUGCAAUUGAACUGUAUUUCAAAUACAAUUAGAGUUGAUCAGCCCCCAUUUUAAGUAAUUUUUCUCUAUUUGAAAUCAUGUAUAAAUGUAUUAUGGUUCUAUUUGGAUUGUUUUAAUCCUUUUUCCAAAAUGUAUAAUUGUUGUGAUAUUUACUGUAACCCAUGAAACAAACAAUAAGAUAGCAUACCUUCUUAAACAUUGUAUAUAAUGUAGGUUAAUUACAUUUUACUGUAUUUCUUGAGUUCCAACAGCAUGUUUAUGUCACGUUGGAAUGAAGAGAUUCGGGAGACAGGCGCAGGAAUACAUAAUAGUUUUUUAAAAUCAG